AUGUCUAAGCAAAAGCUUGUCGGGGAGCGAGGGGAAGAAGGGAGUACCGGAUGUGACAGUCCAAAGGAAUAAGAAAUCCGUUGAAGAAGUUGGUCGACUUCGGCUGGUCCUUCAGCCCAGAAUAAGAUAUUGAGGUUGGACACGAUUUUGGCGUUUCUUAUCUCCGGGCCCUAUCUGUAUGAAAAAUGUCGUGGGGACAUUUUUCAUGCUGAAGAAGCCAAGUCGGCAAAUUUCCAGCAGUACCACAUGUUGCGGUUGAAUUUCAGCGACUAGUUUUUCUGUUGCCCUCUCCCCCGUUUGCUGUCGCGUUCAGACUGUCUCUACGGAUAUCCCUGUCUCUGUGCGAGUUUGUUUAUGUCCUCGUCUGUCUUUGGUUUAUUUCGUUUCAUAUUGUUUGUUUUUCACUGGCACGAACUGCUGACCCUUGGGGUCCUUCCGGAAGGCUACCCCCCAGGCUGGUGGUGCGCACGUUCCACUAUUUAUUUAUUUAUUUGUUUCUGAUUCUUUUGUUUUCUUGUAUUUUAUC